UCAGCACCUCCAAUUUGACGUUUUCCCUUGACAUGGCGGACCAGACCAUGGCAGAUAGCAACCAGCCCAAGCUCCCGCAGAAGCGGUACUUCCGGCAGCGUGCACACGUGAACAUUUUCAACGACAUUCGGCUCGACUACCCGCUCACACCCAAUGACGAGGACUGGUCGAAGCUCUACCCAGCGUACUUCCGCGCGCCGACCACCGACACUCUUGGCGAAAACAAGCGGCCCAGCAGCCCGGCUCCCGAAGAGCAGCCAGCUGGCCAAGCGCGCAAGGACCAGCUGGCGCAGGUGGAGUUUGCCGAUAUUGGGUGCGGCUACGGCGGGCUUCUGGUGGCUCUGGCGCCGCUGUACCCGAACACACUGAUGGUGGGCAUGGAGAUCCGCACCAAGGUCGCAAACUACCUGCAGCAGCGCGUCGAGGCUCUGCGUGGGUUCCAGCAUGCGCUCUUGGACAAGUCGCAGCGCGGCGAGCAUGUCGACCUGGAAACGCCCCUGGAGGCCGGCGCCGAGGAGCUGCAUGACAACGGCGAGAUUGAUCGGCUGGUGCCUGGCCACUAUGAGAACAUCGCAGCCAUGCGCAUGAACUGCCAAAACUGUCGAAAGCUGUUCAUCCUGUUUGCCGAUCCGCACUUCAAGAAGCGCAAGCACAAGGCGCGCAUCAUCUCGACCACCAUGCUGGCCGAGUACGCGUAUGUGCUGAGGCCUGGAGGCAUCAUCUACAUGAUCACCGAUGUCAAGGACCUGUUUGACUGGAACGAAGAGCACAUGGAGAAGCACGAGCUGUUUGAGCGCAUCCCCGAGGAGGAGCUCAAGGACGACCCGGCGGUUCCCUGCGUGUGCAACAGCACCGAAGAGGGCAAGAAGGUCGCGCGGAACAAGGGCAACAAGUACCUGGCGUGCUUCCGCCGCAUCGAGGAUCCGUUCGAAAAGGAAUGAGCGAACAAAAAUAAUACACGCACAAAGGCUGGCAAAAAUAAACCUUGUAAUUGAAUGGGUGAUUUUUUUAUUGUACAGCUAGGAAAAUAG